AAAAUGGCUGUAUUUUAGGCCACUAUCGUGGACAACUACUAUUCGAUAUAUUUUAGUAGGUUGCUGAUUAUAUAAUAUUGUUCCGUGGUUGUCGAUUGUGCAGCUCUUUGGACUUAUUUGUAAUAAUUCUUAAUUGUUCCUCGUUUUUCUAAAAGAAAAAGCCAUGUCUUCAGAAGGUGGAAGACCCAUGAAAUAUCCAUAUACUCUAACUGCAAAAAUAGCACAAUUUCCAUUUAAAAUGUAUUUCACCAGCCCAAAAAGUUGGGUAUUUAAAUGGUGGCUUAUCAGCAUAAUAGCAACUGCACCACUUUUCUAUAAGAUACAAAGACUCAGUUAUGCUCCAGAGAAUGUGAAAGUAUGGGAUGAGAUACACAAAAAAGAAUUUUCGUCAAUGGGUCAUCAUCACUGAGCUAUACAGGAAAAUACUUUAGUAUAAUGUGUAAGAAAAAUUCAUGUAUGAAGUAAAUAUAUAAGCAUCUUCAAGAUAA